AAGGAGAGCUCUGCAGAGGGGUGGAGAUAGGACCUUCAGCUUCCCGUAGCUAGGCUGCCAUGUGCAGGGCUGGGGCGCGGGGCCCAGGGGGCAUCUGUGGACUUGGAGACUGGCCUGGGCGCCCACCUCCCAUUCCCAGCUGCCCACAGCCCCCAGUGACUCGGGCUCCUUCGGAGAGCCCUUCCCUCUCGGCGGGAGGGGGCCGACUCAGAGAGAAAUGGCAGUUUAGGGCCUAGGGGGCCCACGUGACCCUCCCCCAGGAAUGUGGUGACGUCAUCGGGGGCGUGGUCGCCCCCAAAAUUAGGGAGGAAGAGGAAAAAAAAGCCAGGAAAAGUUUUCUGGAGUCCGGAACGAGGCAGGACGGAAGAGGGGGUGAAGGCCCGAGGCUCUGGGCUUCAAGACCGCUGUCCGGAGUUCCCCAUUCUAGGCCAUGUCGGGGCCCACCUGGCUGCCCCCGAAGCAGCCGGAGCCCACCAGAGCCCCUCAGGGGAGGGCGAUCCCCCGAGGCAUCCCGGGGCCACCACCAGCCCACGGAGUAGCACUCCAGCCCCACCCCAGGGGCAAUUUUUGCCCCCUCCCAUCAGAGCAGUGUUACCAGGCCCCAGGGGCACCAGAGGAUCGGGGGCCGGCCUGGGUGGGGUCCCAUGGAGUACCCCAGCGCACGCAGGGGCUCCCUGCAGACAGGAGUGCCCUGCGCCCCGGCAGCCUGGACGCUGAGAUAGACUUGCUGAGCAGCACGCUGGCUGAGCUGAAUGGGGGUCGGGGUCACACGCCACGACGACCAGACCGACAGGCAUAUGAGCCCCCGCCACCUCCUGCCUACCGCACAGGCUCCCUAAAGCCGAACCUGGCCUCGCCGCUCCCAGCGUCUCCCUAUGGGGGCCCCACUCCAGCCUCUUAUGCUACUGCCAGUACCCCAGCUGGCCCUGCCUUCCCCGUGCAAGUGAAGGUGGCACAGCCAGUGAGGGGCUGUGGCCCGCCCCGGCGGGGGACCUCUCAGGCUUCUGGGCCCCUCCCAGGCCCCCACUUUCCUCUCCCAGGCCGAGGUGAAGUCUGGGGACCUGGCUAUAGGAGCCAGAGAGAGCCGGGGCCGGGGGCCAAGGAGGAGGCUGCUGGGGUCUCUGGCCCUGCAGGAGGAGCAAGAGGAGGCGAGCACGGGCCCCAGGUGUCCCUGAGCCAGCCUCCGGAGGAUGAGCUGGACAGGCUGACCAAGAAGCUGGUGCACGACAUGAACCACCCGCCCAGCGGGGAGUACUUCGGCCGGUGUGGUGGCUGUGGAGAAGAUGUGGUCGGGGAUGGGGCCGGGGUUGUGGCCCUCGAUCGCGUCUUUCACGUGGGCUGCUUUGUGUGUUCUACAUGCCGGGCCCAGCUUCGGGGCCAGCAUUUCUACGCCGUGGAGAGGAGGGCAUAUUGCGAGGGCUGCUAUGUGGCCACCCUGGAGAAAUGUGCCACGUGUUCCCAGCCCAUCCUGGACCGGAUCCUGCGAGCUAUGGGAAAGGCCUACCACCCUGGCUGCUUCACCUGCGUGGUGUGUCACCGCGGCCUCGAUGGCAUCCCCUUCACAGUGGAUGCUACCAGCCAGAUCCACUGCAUCGAGGACUUUCACAGGAAGUUUGCCCCGAGAUGCUCAGUGUGUGGUGGGGCCAUCAUGCCCGAGCCAGGUCAGGAGGAGACAGUGAGAAUCGUUGCUCUGGAUCGAAGUUUUCACAUUGGCUGUUACAAGUGCGAGGAGUGUGGGCUGCUGCUCUCCUCUGAGGGCGAGUGCCAGGGUUGCUACCCACUGGAUGGGCACAUCUUGUGCAAGGCCUGCAGUGCCUGGCGCAUCCAGGAGCUCUCAGCCACCGUCACCACUGACUGCUGAGUCUUCCUAAAAGUACCUGCUGGGUUCUCAGUUCCAGUUCCCAUCAGUUGAUGGGUCACCCUCCCUGACAUCCACUUGUGUGACUUUGUCACCAAAUGCUGGCUUCUUUCUCCAAUCACAAAAUAAUAGUCCCUCGAGUUUACAAAACA